UUUCUUCCACAUAUACUACAAGGAUUUUUUUUCAUUUUACACAUUCUAAUUUUGCGUUUAAAUUGGCAAUGCUAUUGUUGUACAUUACAGAAGUUUUUGAUCUAUCUUCUUCAUCCAAGAACUGGCUAAUGUACGCUUCGCAAUACGGACAGAAUUAUGGACUUAAAAUGCGGAUUUUCAUUAUUCCAAUGAAAUAAUUUUUUACUGUGGCAAUAGAAAUGUUACACUUCGAAAUUAAAUAGAAUUGUGUUAGAAAUUUACGUUCUAAAGAUGGCGUGGUUCGGUGGAAAUCUGAAGAAUUUGACUGAGAAUCUGACCGGCCAGUUAUCGAAUGUAGCCACAUCAGCAGCAUCAUUCACACGGGAUGUUAUCGCGGAGGGCACCGAAGAAGUGGCCGAUCAGAGCACCGAGCUUCAGAUCUCAGAAGACAAAGUGAGACGUUGUGAAACAGCCAUCGUUGCACUGAGAGCUGAGAAUGAGAGACUUGGGACUAUUAAUGCAGAGCUGGAAGAGAAAGCUGAGGCCUCAGAGCUUCAGAUCAACAGCAUCUCAUCACAGUAUCGAUCUGUCCUGAUGGAAAAAGAGGACCAGGUGAAUUCUUUGAUCCAGAAGCAGAAUGAUAUGCAGACUCUUCACCACAGCAUGUUAUCCACAGCCGGGGACGGUGGGGGCAUGACUGCGGCAACGUCCACAUCGUCUCUGUCAGGUUCAGCCAUCAUGGCAGACAGUCAUGACUUUGAUGACGUGAUCUGGUCCCAGCAAGAGAUCAACCGUCUCUCCAAUGAGGUGGGAAGGCUGAGGGCAGAGUGCAGUCAUUGGAAAGAGAUGGCUGCUGGCAAACAAAAUGGAGAGAAGCCUGUGUUCCAGAUUGGUGAUGACUCUUCACAAGUGGAGAUGGCAGAACUGAAAGCUAGGAUAAAGAGCUUGGAAGAAAAGCUAAGACAUAAAGAAGACGCGUCUCAGCAUGAGUUAUCGGCCAUUCAAGACUCGCACUCUCACAAGCUCAAGACUUUGACCAAGAAACAUAAGACUGAUGUUGAGGAUUAUGAGAGGAAGAUUGAGAGUCUGGAGAAGAUGGUCGGGUAUAGCUCUUCUGAUGGUGGUAUGGAUGAUGGCAAUGAUCUACAGAAGAGAGUCUUGGAACUGGAAGAGCUUCUGCAUGAGACCCGUCAGCAGGUCGGACAGCUGGAAGAGUCCAACUACCAGCUAGAGAAGGAGAAUACCCGCUUGACCGAAUCAGAUCGGGAUAACACCAGGCUUGUACAAACACUCAGACGUAAGGUGGACAUCCUAGACAAAGACAGGUCAAGGCUUGAGAGAGAGGUCAAAGGGCACUCGGGGUCGGCCGCUGGUGAUGGGGACGUUGUUGCCAAUUUGAAGAAAGAUAAUGAAGAGCUGAAGCUUGAAGUGGAGCACCUCAUGAAAGUUGUAAACAGGCAAGAGACGGAGCUGGAAGUCCUUCUAGGGUCGCACGAACAGGCAAGCACCAGUGCGAUGCUGGACGACAUUCACAAUGCUGGGAGGAAGUUCUCAACCGAGGAAGCUCUGAGAAGAUCCAAGCUACUCAAAGAGAAACAAGAGAUUGUUGAUAAGAUGAUAACAGCUGGACAAAAGGUAAGAUCAAAAAGGACGAGCUCAAAACCCCCCCAAAAGCUUUUUAAUCGCACUAUGUCCGAUAUUAAGAAUACAGUCACUACCUUAGAAGCAGCCACAUUAGAGAUCAGUGACCAGGCAGCUGAGAUAGUGUCUGAGAUCGGAUGCAGCCAACAUCAGGAGAUCACAGCUGACUUUGUUAGUAGUUUGGAGAAGGAGAACGAUCUUCUAAAACAUCACGUCUCUAGACUACAGAAUGAGAUUGAUGAAUUGAACCAAUCCUGUGAGACGCUAGCAGACGACAAACAGACAUGUGAGGCUCUCAUCACCAAUCUCAAUCAGAAGGUCAAAGAACUUUCAGGUCAGGACCCGCAGGGGUCGGAGCAACGACCUUCUGACCCCUCUCAGUCUGAAUCUGAGCUGACCCUUGUGACUGGUGAGAGUGACCUUGACAGUCUGCCCCAAGGAGGUGUCGAGGAUGGAGUUCAGGUCAGGAGACACAUCUCAUAUCGCAGGCCACAGUCUCCCACAGACUCGAGCGUCGCAUCGGACCUGAGUUCAUCGGUCAGGGAAGGCUGGACGUCGGAGACGGAGCUGAGCAGCGAUGGAGGGUUCUUGACCGAGGGCAAGCAGUCAUUGCUGGAGAACUCCGAUGCUGUGAGCUUUGAUGGGGAAUACGAUGACUCUAUCAUGUUUGCUGGUAUCAAGGAGAAAUUCCCUGAAGCAGCAGAUGCAUUCAAGCAGCAGUUGAACCAGUUUGAGAUGGUGAGGGCUGACUGGGAGAUGGAGAAACAGGCUCUGGAGGAGGUAGUCAUUAGGAUGAGAGAUCAACUCAAAGAGAAAGAUCGCAUCCUUCAGGACAUGACGGCUGAAAAGGGUCUAAUGGCAGUUCAUAAAGAACAUAGUGAAGACCUGGAAGAGAAGGUAAAAACCUUGCAGGACAAUAAUGCUAGCUUGCUGAAAGAGAAGGAGACUGCCAAACGAGUUAAUGUAAGCAAGACUGAGGAGAUGGUGGAGAAGCUCAAGAGGAUAGAAGGAGAGAAGAGUGAUCGUGAUGCUUCAAUAUCACAGAUAACCAAAGCUAAAGAUGAUCUUGAGAACAGACUUCAUGAAGUAGAAUCCAGAUACAGUGCAAUAGAAGAAGAUGUGGAGACUAGCAGAGGGGACAUGGAGCAGGAGCUGAACAGAACAAGAGAUGAGAAAGAACAGUUAGAGACGGAUUUAAAUCAGCUAGAUGCCCAACACCAAACGGCGCUGGAGCAGAUUAUCGCCUCCAGGGAUAAUCUAAUCCAGGAGAUUAAGGAGAAGGAAUCGCAGAUCAUAGACGUGAAUGAUAAGCUUGCGAAGCAGAGUGCAGAGCUUGAGCAGUCAGCGGCAGAUAAAGCAGCUCUGGAGGACGAGAUGGAGGAGAUGAGAGAGGACUUGAGUACAAGCAGAGCUGACCUACUGGACUCUGAGCAGAUGAAACAAGAACAAGCCGUCGCCAUGACAACUCUGCGGACGAAGCUGCAAGCCAUGCAGGAUGAGCACAAUGAAUCGUUGAAGGAGUUUGAUGAGUUUAGGCGGGAAUCUCAGCUAAACGGCGGUGGACUUGCGGCUUCAAAGCAAGAGGUAGAGAAGCAGAGGCAGGCAGAUGAGACUGACCUUCCAAGCAGGGAGGCCCUCCAGUCACAGAUCUUGGAUCUGACGGAAAAACUACAAAGCUUGCAAUCAAAGGAACAAAGUGGUGUCUCUCCGACUGAGAGUGUUGCCUACCUUGAGCAUGAGCUGUCAAGGACACACCAUGAGAUCGAGGAGCUCAACAAGAGCAUCGAUGAGCGCGAUGCUAAACUCCAGGAGAUGAACUCGAACCACUCUGAGCACUCAAAGCGCCUAGAGCAGAAGGCUGCCGAGGUGACGGCGUUGGAGACGGAGAAUGAAAGAAUACAAGAGGAGGUCAAGUCACGGGACGAGGUGUUGACCAGGUCACACAGUGAGCUCAUGAAGCUUCAGGCUGACCUUGCAGCCAUCAAGUCUGGUGCCGAGAGACGCGAGAAUGCGCAAGAACAGGAGAGGACACUGGCUGAACAGCUGCAGAAGACCUGCGAUGGCUUGAGCGUUGAGUUAAACUCCAAGAAGGAACUUUUGGAAUCUGUGAUAGAGAGCAAGAAAGAGUUGGAAGAUUUGAUUGAACAGAAAGAAGAAGAUGUUAGAGCACUUGCUGAUGAGAAUACUCAUUAUUUCAAGAAUGUGGAGAAAUCAAAAGAUAAAAUUGGUGAACUCACUGCUAAGGUCAAGGAAAUGGAGAAUGUAGAGAGACAGCUCCAAGAAACAAAGGAAAACUUUGAAAUAUUGACUGGAGAAUUAGAGCGAACAAAAUCAGAAUUGAGCAAAAUGUCUUCUUCUGGAGAAGAAUAUUUAGAAACCACACAUACUUUGGAGGAAGAAGUGAAUAAUCUUAAGAAAAACCUUGCGCAACAUCGUGAAUCGACAGGAGUAGAGAAAGAAAGUCUUCAGACAAAGGAAGAUGAACUCACAGAAGAACUAAAGGAAAGCACACAGAAAAUAAGUGAAUUGAAUGAGGAAUUACAUGCUGCAGAACUAGAGUUGUCUGGUGUCCAAGCAGAAGUGGAAUCUGUUAAAAUGACACUGGCCGCUCAAGAUACUCAAUUGUCGGAAUCUAAUGAGAGAAUAAAUGUGAAAGAGGCAGAAAUUAGUCAUCUAAAAAGCCAGAUUGAAUCUUUGAGAGACCAGUCGAAGGUCAAUGAAACCAGCGCUAAUGCUGUAGACCAGCUUCAGACGGACCUAAUUGAGAAGAGUGCAAUAAUUAAUGAACUCCAGAAAGAGUUAGAAGUGAGUCGUGCUGGGUUGGAAAGUCAGCUUCAAACAUUCCAGGAAAGCAUUCAGAAUAAGGACAAUGAAAUCAGUCGAUUAGAUUCGUCACUGACUCAGCUGAGAAAUCAGAAAAAGUCACUUGAUGAGUCUCUCGUUGAGUAUGAGAGUCAGAUCGAGGACUUACAAAGGACCAACCUACAGAAGGACGAAGAUGUAAACAGACUGCGUGAGGAAGUCGGAAACAUUACCACGCAGCUUCAACAACCGGCUAAACAACCCCUGCAGAAUGGUGAAAUGAAUAUCAGUGUGUCUGAAAGGAUAGAAGAUGCAUUGCCACCUUCAAGCCCUUUCAGUAAAUCCCCAACGGGUGUCUUCCAAGGUCAAGAUGGCUCCAUCAGUGACAACGAAAAGCACUACGAGAAAAUCAUCCAGGAGAGGGAGAAGGAGAUCAGUAUGCUACAACAUGAACGGCAAAGUCUCCUGACUAGUCUGAAUGAGAAGUCUACAUCAACGAUGGGUAACAGUGUCCUUGUGGACCUCCACAAGAACCAGAUGAAAGUGAAGACCCUGGAGUCGGAACGACAUCAGAUGAUGACUGUCUUGAACGAGAAGACCAGGGAGGCAAGUAACCUCAAGAAUGAAGUCCACAAGCUUGUGAAGGUUAUAUCAGCUCAGAAGUCUGCCCUGGAGAAAGCACAAGAGGAUGUCAAAGAGCUGCACAAUGCCUCCAGAGGACCGAGGGACGACAUGCAGAAGGAGGCCUUACAUAACCUCUCACGCAUCAUCCAGGAUAAGGAUCUUGAGAUUGAGGCUUUGAAGCAGAAGAACACGUCUUUGCUGGAGGUUCUGCAGUCAGAGGCUCCCAGCAACAGUUCUCAGAUCUCAGGUGUGCUCUCUGAGAGUGAAAAACUGCAGAAGGAAAAUACCGUCCUCAAGGAGGAGAGAGAUCAACUGGUGGUGAGUAUUCAUCAAAAACACCAAGAAAGCCUGGCUUAUUAUGAAGAGGUGCAGAGACUUGUGGGUAUCGUCAACGGAGAGGUACAAAAACACAGCGACUUAGAGAAACACCAUGGUGCCCUCCAAAGUAAAAUGGAUGAAUUGACCGAAUCUAUGAAUCAAUCAAAACUGGAAUUAAAUGAGUCUUUCAGGGUGACGGGAUCACUGGAGGAAGAACUAGAGACUCAGAAGCAAUUAGUUGGAGAGUUGGAGAAUCAGGUUCAGUUGCUGGAUGACUCAGGAACAGAAAUGACUAAGAGGAUGGAGGAGUUGGAGAAACUGGAAGCAAGAAAAGCCAAUGAACUUGGUGAGAAAGAAAAUGAAUUAGCACAUCUGCAGCAUACGCUUGAUGAAUUGAAGACAAGACAAGAACCUAUUAUAGAGGAGACUGUUGUGAAGGCGGAGAUGGCUCCUGUACAGCUAAGUGCUCCACCAGUGCAAUAUGAACAGAAGAUGCUGGAGAAGGAUGCAGAGAUUGCUGACCUCCGAUCACGUCUGCAAUCACAACAGGUCACUCCUCAGGUUUCUGAAGAUAUGGUGAGCGUAACAGAACAUGACGGAGAGCUUGCCAGUGUCAAGGAACAACUUGAAUCUCAGGGUCAUGCGUUAUUGGAAAUGGAUGGACUUGUCAAAGACAGAAGCAUGGAGCUGGAGCAGAAGAAACUGGAGAUUGCCACACUGAGGCAACAGAUUGACCAGCAAGAUCAGGCCAUCCUAGAUCAGAAUACAACCCUUCAGAAGCACACCAACGAUCUGCAGCAAUUGCACGUAGACCUGAAGGCGAAGACAGAAGAGGCGAACACGUUGCGCCAUCACACCCAGCAGAUCUCCAUGCGUUUACAGGCCGUGGAGCAGGAACUGGCACGGGCACAUCAGGAGAUUACCAACCAACAGCACAUGGUGCUCAACAAGGACGGUGAGCUUCGACAACUCCAGGACCUCAUGAGCAGGAUGAGUGCCGAGGUGAGGGAGAAAGACUUUGAAUUGACAGCAUUGCGGGAUAAAUGUAAGACUCUUGCUAAGCUGGUGGAUGAUAAGGACACAGAUGUUCAAGGAGAAGUCCGCAGGUUGCUGGGUGAGGCUGAAGCGAUGCAGACACAAGCGCAACGUUUCCAGCAGGAGAGGGAUCAGGCAAUGAUGGCUUUAGAGAAAUGUCAGAGAGACCUUCUACUACUGCAGGAAGAGGCUGCGAUGCGAGGAGGCAACGAACAGAAGUUAAUGCGUGAGCUGGAGAGAUUAAGAAAUCACUUGAUUCAGAUGGAAGAUACAUACACACAGGAGGCACUCCAAGCAGAAGAGAGAGAGAAAGAGUUGAGAAAUAGACUCAGUAUGGCAGAAGAACAUGCCCAUAGCAGCUCCUCAGCUGUGCAGAGUGUUAGUAAGGAGGCAAGUGCACAGAUAGACAGUCUUCAGGACCAGCUCGGUGCCAUGAAUGAACAGAAAGACCACGCCUUGAUGCAGCUCUCUAUGGUCCAGUCGGAAUCAGAAGAAUACAUCCUGUCUCUUGGCAACCUCCAAAUGGUCUUGGAACAGUUCCAACAAGAAAAAGAAGCCUCCAUAGCAGCUGAAGUAGAGGUGUAUGAACUCAAGGCCCGAGAGAAGCAACGUAUUGCUGCAGAUCUACUCAAACAGAAUGUUGAUCUACAGGAGAGAUUGUCAUCUGCCCAGGAAUCAUUAGACAUAGCAUCACGUCUGAGUGAACAACUAGACAAGAAGGAAGAAGCAAUGGAAAGACUUAGAGCUGAAAUGUACAAGAAGGAAGAAAUAUUGGAAGAGUUUCAGCGGAGAUUUGAUGAGGUGUCUAGCAGCAGCGAGACCAAGGUUGACCAGCCUCUAGUGAAGAAUCUAUUCAUGAACUACCUGUCAGCACCUCAGGCCAAGAAACAAGAGAUGAUCAAAGUGAUUACUAAUGUUCUGAACUUCUCACCAGAAGAUAUGCACAAGGCUGGUCUUGGUUCUGGAGCCGGUGGAUGGUUAAGCGGUUUCUUUAAUCGCUCUCCUCACCCCACUCCCCCUGCUACACCUACCAAAGCUAACGUAUCUUUCAGCCAGCAGUUCGUUCAGUUUCUGGAGUCUGAGUCGACACCGAAGCGCAGCCCUCGUCUGCCAGUAGAUGAGAUGAGCCAGGACAGACACCAUCAUCCUGCUUUCAAUCCAUUCUCUGCUCCUGUACCUCAGCAAUCUCCAUUCAUCCAGCCAGGCUCCCCCGGGAGUGGGGUAGGUACACCUAAAGGCCCAGGGGCCGCUCACCCAUUCCUCAAGGCUACCGGGCAGCCCGCCACGCCCAUUGGAGCAUUACAGCCAGUUAUAGCCUCGGCUGGUGUGUCGGCGGGGAAUCCCCUAGGAGCCGCCGCCCAUUCCUUCCCGAGCAUGCCUGCAUUCACUCCUGUACCGGUGAGAGAGGGCGCUACACCUGGUCGAGGGUCACCUAGAGGUCAGGCAGCUGUCCUGGGUGAUAUACUACAAUAGACAAGGGAUGUGAACAUUUUACUUUCAACUCGAAUUACACGGACAUACAGGAAUAUAACAACAUGAAGGUUGACAUCUUGCUGUCAUGAUUAUUGACAUUGUGAUCCCUCAGACCGACAUCAGAAUGACAACAGACAAAACAAAACAUUGCAUGAUGCCAUAUUGUUAAAAUUGGUUGGUUUGUAGUCGGUGUGGAGUCAUUUUGGCUGUGUGACUGUGGUAGAAUUUGUAGCUAAAAUAUAAUAGUCUACCAAGUGAAUUGUACAGCGGACGUUCAGGGUGCUACACUUGAUACUACACAGUUUAGUAACAUUGCUCUGUUCAGUUUAAAAUGCCAUGUUAGAAUAUAAUUACUGUUUGUAACUUUUGUAUUUAUUUUCCCUUUUAAGUUUAAUUAAAUGUUCACAUUUUAAAAUUCUUUAAAAGUACCUACUUGUAUGUAUCUUUUAAAUCUAAUACAGAUUGCCACUUAUAUGUACUUUCCAAUAAAUUUCUAUUUUAAUUUUUUACCUUCCAAUCGCCAAAAUUUAAUUUGCCUUUUACUUAUGGUACUAAUGGUUAAACAAGCAAAAUAUCUGUCUUGUUCUCAUGUAUAACCAAGUUACUUCAACAAACGUUCUUUGAUUUUAUAGACGCUGUAAAGGGUCGUUCAGAUGUAUAUGACAUUGCAAAACCAGGGUGUUUUUUUUGUGAUGAUGUAAAGAGUGAAACAAUUUCUCUAUCUCAGUGAUUACACACAAGUCUUUUGUUGUGCGCUGUAGCCGUUCAUUUUACACGUUAACAAAAAAGUGGCUGCUUUUUUGCAACUUUUUACCGCACCACAUCUCAACGAACCUUUAUAGAAGAUGCUUUGCAUCGUGUGGUCAACAAAGGGUCCGUAUGAUUUAAACCUGCAUUUGAGUCAAUUGUUUUGUCAAUAGAAAGAGUCAUUUUCAUUAGCCAUUUACUGCCAAACGAAUAUGAGAUCUAAUUUCAUCAGGUAAUUCAACAUUGUGUGUGGCUUUUUCGGUUAACACUAUUUAACAAGACAUUUAAUUGCUCACUGAGUAUGUAUUAAGAAUAUAUAUCACUUCUACAAAGUGAUAUUUGAAGCUCAUUUGGUGAAUAUAAUAUAGCCACAUGGAACCCCUAACAUCAAGAGCAAAACAUAUUUUGUGAACUGUAUAUGAGUUCAGGCCCUUCAGGCUCCAAACUGAUGAUUAUAUCUUGGUCAAGUCCAAAUGCAUGAAACUAAGUUUAAGACACAGGGCUUCGAUGCUCCAAAUAAGAGUUUCAUUAUGUUGUAUUAGCAAAGAGAAAGCAAGAGUUUAGGUUAUAUAAUUGCGUAUCGUAAAGACUAUCAAAUUUCAUUGUUUAGUGACUCCGUUUGAAGAGGCUAAUUUUUCUAAUUAUUAGAUAAUUAUUUCUUUAUUGACCAAGAAUUACUGGAAGAAGAUUUCGCGUUGAUGUAACUUGCCAUUAAAUUGAAUUGUAUAUCUGGAUAUGGCUCCUACAUAUGAUAUGUUCAUUUCAUCUUCUUCCUUAUCUUCUUCUUAAUUCUGUUGUGCAAUUUUGAGAGCCUGAGGCAUAGAAUUAUUACAUUGUUUAUUGUGAAUAUAAAAGACAAAUAGUGAUUAUUUUGCUAAAUGUAGUAAGUGGGAAUGUUUUUUUUUUGUAAUUUUAUAUCCUGGGCCCUGUCUUUCAAAGAGUUGAACUUGAUAUUAAAUAAUUGUAACUUAUUUCAGAUUGAUAUCUAUCCUAACUAUGUACGUAAAAGAUAUGAGUUUGCAAACUUGGGUUAGAUCCAAAUCAAUCGCAACUCUUCAUUAGACGGGGCUCAGAUAUUUAUUUUUGGCAUUUUCAUACUUGUUUGUAAUGAGAAUGGAAUUGUGCUUCUUGAAAUAUGAUUGUUUUAUGUUAUCAACAUGUAUUGUAAAAAAAGUGUUUACUUUUAAUUAGCUCUUCUACACUGUUUCAAUGUUCCCAUUUAUGAUAGACCUGAAGAAUCUCUAUAACUGCAUAAUAUUUUUGAAUGAUUUUCCUUUCAGUUAAUGUAAUCAAUCAUGAAUUUAAUAGAUAUAAAGAUAACGAACCUAUGACAAUUAUUCAUAGGAACAGAUUUAAUAAUAAUGAUAAUAGUGGGUUCUUGUAUAGCGCUCAUGUCAGUCAGAUUUGACCCUCCUGGCGCUCCUGAUUAUUACCCUGGCUUUAGCACGGCUGCCGUACGGCGCUCUAGCAUUUCAAAUUCCUAAUUAUUGAUACAAUUGUCAAAGGUUGUUUCCAAUUCGUUGCACAGUCUCUAUUUACACAAUAAAAACUUUCUUAUUUUCAUGGUUUUAAAAUAUUAUGCAAAAUUCAAACACUGUAAUCUUUUAUGGCAAUACCCAUGAUUUCUUUUCCUUAAUUCAAUUUGUGUAUAUUUGCGAGCGUUGUAGGUGAAAUGCUGAAUCAAACUGCUAAUUAGGUAAUAAUUCCUUUGAUUAAAAUGAUUUGAGCCAGUCUUGCUUAUAUUUAGGAUUGUUGUAUAACCCUUUACUAGGUACAUUAUACUGGUAUAUCCUUCGAAAAUUAAUUUUCAUUUUCAUGUCAUGUUGACGAUUAAGAAGAAGUAUACUGAUUAUGAAAAUUUGUAUCCUUGUUUUAAAUACUUAAAAAGAAUUACACUGUGUAUGUAUUUUCUACCCACUUUUUCACAUACUUAACUGGUUAUUUCAAACAUGUUUUCAUUUUUUAAAAUUUGGAUACAGAAUUGGACAUGCACUAAGAGCUCAAUGUGCUACAUGUAUACUUUGAUUUUGGGGUGAAAAUUUGUUUAUGUUGAACUAGAAUGAUGCCUUCCAAUACCUAGGAUAAAAUUAAUUUCUUAUUUGUAUGAAUACUUAAAGAUGUAAUAAGUGGUAUGAAUGUCCAUAGAGAAAAGAUUUUCUUGUGUUUUCAGGGUUCUAAGAUAUUUCUAGUGCUGCUAGAUUCUGGCUGACUUGGAAGAGUGUUUCUCAUUGAAAUGUGUACUAAAAGGACCUGCACAUUAAUACCACUUGCCUCUAAAGACCUUGUCUCCCUUGAGUGGUCUUAUAUAUACAGGUUUCACUGCAUCUUGGUAAUUUUAUGAUAUAGAUUGUGCUCUGUUUCAUCGAUAUUUCCUCGAGAAAAGUCUGGCCUGAAAUCAUAUAUCUCUUAGAGUAUGUAGCUUAGGUUCAUAAUGUAAUAUGCAUUUAAGACAUUGUUGCUACAUGUAUGCAGAGAAACCUUUGGCAAGCUGUUUGGUCGUCCUGAUCAACAUUUUGUUAGUGAAGCUUACAAAGAACAUUAUGAUGAAAAGAGUAGUUUAAUUGUCGCUCAGUUGCAGAUCAUAUGUAGCUCAUGAUUAUACUUAAACAAUUUAUGAUUCUUUAAUUGUUAUCAAUAGACAGUCUAAGUGAGUAAAAUGUAGUACUAGCCAUUAUAUUUGUUUGUAUAUUUAGCAGGGUUUUCCCAAUUGAUAUUCUUAAUUUGCAAUGCUGAUGCCAGUAGAUGGUAUUAGGCCUCGAAUCAGAGCUGAGUGCCUAUGAUUUCUAGUAAAAUAUUUCCAUCAAAUGUUGGAUAUUUAUACAACAAAUUGAUAUUGUACAGAAAUAGAUGAUACAUUUUUAAAGAAAUCUAUAUUAGCAUA